CCGUCAACACUCCGCUCCGCGCUAAUUAUAACCGAACGCUUACUGGAGACCAUCCAGCGCGCAUGUUGCACUGACAAACGCUAUCAAUCCUGCCAGUAGCGUGUCGCGACUUGUGCAGCUGGUUUACUGUGAAUUAUUUCUCCACCGUAAACCGCUUUGGCAAUAUUGUCGCUCCAGUAAGUCAUUCUGUUUAUCUUAAUCCCGUUAGUUGACAACCCACGGAUGUCAGUUUAAUCAGCUAGCUGGAAAUGAACGGUUUAUCCACGCGGGUGUCGUUGUCAUGUUGCAAGGUAAUCCGCUGAGUUGUUCGACGAUUGUACGGCAAAGUGUUGUGGAUACAUUUACCAAGUAUGAAACAGCACGCUCCGUGCGCUUCCAUUCGCCGUGUAUCGCCAUCUGCAAUCGACUGGUACAAGCCACCAUCAUCGCCUAUGUUGUUAUCGUGGUUUUUAUCAUGGAUAAAGGCUACCAGCGCUCGGAGGAGGGCGAGAGCAGUGUCGUGGUGCGGGUGGUCGGACUGCAGCAGUCCCUGCGGGAGAACUUCUCCCAUCUGGCCGACCGUGAUCCCAGCCGACGGGGUUUAAUGAACAAAGCGCUGGGAUUAACCUGGGAUUCGGUGGACACCAGGGUUCCCGCAUUGGAACACAACGCCCUGUUUAUUACCACCAAGGUUACUGCUACGCCUAAACAAACACAGGGGAUCUGCGCUGAAGAUAAAUUCAGUGGUGCAGAUUGUAUGCGCGAUUCAGACUGCGAAGUCGGCCGGUCCAUCCAUUUGGGCCAUGGCUUGCUCACCGGCCACUGCAACCGGACGACAAACACCUGCAGUGUACAUGCCUGGUGCCCGCUGGAAAACAAGGCCAGCACGACGAUGCUGACAGGUGGUGAACGUCUGACCCUACUCGUGAAAAAUUACAUUGUCUUCCCCAAAUUUCGCGUUCGAAGGAGAAACAUUGGGGAUUUGGAUGACAGUUACGUGACAAAUUGCUUCUACAAUAACGCCACCGAUCCACAGUGUCCGGCAUUUAAUCUCGGCUAUAUAAUUCGCUUAGCGGGAGAGGAUUACGACGAAAUGGCACGCCACGGAGCCAUCCUGAGUUUCGGGAUCAAAUGGGACUGCGAUCUGGACUACCACAUUCACCACUGCACUCCCAAGUAUUCCUUCCGCCGGCUCGACGAGCGUGAAGGCGUCAUCGUACCGGGAUGGAAUCACCGCCGCAGUGGAUACUGGGAGGAAGAGGGUGUUUUUACGCGCUAUCUGUAUAAACACACCGGCAUCCGGAUCGUCUUCAACGUAGACGCCGUGGCCAGAAAGUUUAGCUACGUACAGACCACCAUCAAUCUCGGAUCCGGUCUGGGACUGCUCGGCGUGACGACGAUUUUGUGUGAUUUCAUGCUGUACCACUGCGCUGAUCCGCAGAAGCGCUUCUUUCGAUCCCAUGCCACCAUGGUCGAUGUUGACAAGGAUGCCGAUGGCCAAUCUUCGUGAGGCGAUGUUGUCCUAAAUACUAAGGAUGAGAAAGAUCGUUCAAAGGCGACAGAUGCCACUUGUUAUUUGAUUCAUUGGCGUCUUUAUUUUUUACCCUUUUCCGUCUGAAAAGUUUUGCUUCUGUUCU